AAAGGGGUAAAUUCAACCCCCAAAAUUGAAAAAAAAAAUCUAACUUCUAUGAAAAUUUUUAUUACACCACCAAACUUGGGAAACAUUGGUUGGGAUAUUCUAUUCAACAUAUCCAAAGAUGAAGGGUCCAGGGCGGGGAUGAAGGGGGUAAAUUCAACCCUCAAAAUCGAGAAAAGAGUCUAACUUCUAUAAAAAAAAUUUAUUACACCACCAAACUCGGUGGAAACAUUGGUUGGGCUAUUCUAUUUAACAUAUCCAAAGAUGAAGUGUCCACGGCGGGGAUGAAGGAGGUAAAUUCAACCAUCAAAAUUGAGAAAAAUGUCUAAAUUCUAUAAACAUUUCCGUUACAACACUAAACUCGGUGGAAAAAUUAUUUGGGAUAUUCUAUUUAACAUAUCUAAAGAUGAAGUGUCCAGCAAUUUAUCGGAUUUAUCAGAAUUUCAAGAAACUAUUGAAGAUAGUCAAGAUAGACCUACUGUAAACUUAAAUAAUUCGAGCAAUUUAUGGGAUUUAUCAAAAAUUCAAGAAACUAUUGAAGAUGAACCCUCUGUAAACUUAGAUAAUUCGAGUUAUGUAGGAGCUGACGCAAUUGGUGGAAAAAGAAUAUUUGAUGUUGCCCAUCUUUUUCGCCAAAUUCUAAAUUCAGAGAGACACGCACUGUAUGAUUGCACUUUAGCUGAUAUGAAACUAGUUCGAGAAAUAAGACAUGGUCUACACAGUACAUUUAUCCUCGAGUGCAAAAUGUGUUUAUGUAUUAGGCAAAUCACUACUGUUGAAAAGUCUGAUACAAUAAACUCGAAUUCAGCUAUGGUAUUGGGUGCCAUUUCAACUGGGAUAGGAUAUUCGCAAAUAAAUGAGCUUGCAGCUUCUCUCAAUAUGCCUUUUAUGACAUCAAAAACCUUUAAUCGUUAUCAUGAAUCUGUAGGCGGAUAUAUCAGAGAAUCACUAUGUACAUGCAUGGAAAAUGCCGCAGCCAAAGAAGCUGAGUUAGCUCUAGAAGAAGGCGACGUAGAUGAGAACGGUAUUCCAUGUAUCACAGUCGUUACUGAUGGCGCUUGGGCUAAACGCUCUUACAAUGUAAAUUAUGAUUCUAUGUCUGGUGUGGUUUCUAUUUUAGACAAAAACCGAAGCAAUAAAAAUAUAGCAGUUCCUAUGGCUAUACGAAAAGAAAUUUUUAGCAAAUUUAUGCGACUAAGAACAGCGAUUACAAAGGCCACUGCAUAUCGAAUCUCAGAAAAUAAUACUAUUGAUGAAAAAAUAAAUUUAUUGAGAGGAGAUAUAAGUAAUUCUCCUAGUCACGUAUUUGGUGAACAUGCUAAAUGCAAAGAAUUAAAUUACUUCAAAUGUAAUAAUUUGAAUGAAAAAAAUUUAAUUCCUGCUAUGAAAGAAUGUGGUAUUUAUGACGACAUUAUGCUGGCUUUACAGAGAUUGCUGGAUAAUACGAGUAGCCUUAUAUUGAACAUGGAUAACAAUUUGGCAGAACAUUACAACAGUGUGGUUUGGGCUAGUCCGGAUGGAUUAAUUGGUGAUACCCAAUUAAUGGAAAUAAAAUGUCCAUAUUCCAUCUGUAAUAUGAAUCCAGCGGAAGCCAUCAAAGAAAAAAAAUUAGCAUUUGCUGAAUUCGUGGAUAAUGAAUUUCACUUGAAACGGAAUCAUAACUAUUACUACCAAAUCCAGGGCCAACUGGCAAUAGCUGAUAAGCAGAUGUGUUAUUUUGUAGUUUGGAGUCCUCAUGGGAUGGUAGUAGAAGAGAUUUUUCGAGACUUGCAAUUCUGGAAUGAAAAAUGUAUUCCUAAAUUGAAAUCCUUUUAUGAAAAUUUUGUUUUGCCAGAAUUGAUAGACCCCCUUUAUCCAAAAGACCUGCCGAUAUGAGACGAAAUUGUGUUCCGAGAUGCUCUUCUUAUUGACACCAUAUAACGGGGAUAGUUACCAAACUCAUCCAAUGCAAAGCAUUUUUUUACAGACGUCAAAAAAUGACAACAUUUUCACACUCAUUUCUGUGCGAAAAAUCCCACAAUGGUUUUAUUGGAAAUUGAACGACAAAGUUUAUUGAUGAACUAGCGUAUACCCAGGGUGCGCUACUACCCUAAAAAAAGAAUUGCAUUUUGUUAAUUUUUUUAUAAUUUUUUUCAUUUACCAAAUAAAUUCUCCGCCCUUGGUUAUUCUAUAAUUUGAAUAUGGCUACGGUGCGCCAAUGAACUUUUGCAUGAAUAUUUUGAGACAGAGCCAGCCGAGCAUCGCGGAGUCUCUGGCGAAGUGGCCGG